CGGUGACGUCGGUGACGAGUUUGGUUUGGAAGUGGCCACCUCUAGUAGUUCUACCAUAAGUUCUUCGUUUAGAAUGUGGGUCCCCCGCCGGUGCAGCGGAUCACUAGAAAUAUUUUAUUUAAAACUCGGUGGGCAUCUGAACCGAACUCUGGUUAUCGUGGUGCUCGAGGUGCUUAGCCGCAAGCCAAGUAAAAGCCAAAUGGCAAGUUAGCGGUUUCACUGUAUGGGGGAUUGAUUUGCGCAGAGUCUCCCAGUUUGUCAGUGACUUGGAUUGGUCAUGUGAUGCACACCUCAGAAUGUAUCCCUAAAACGAGUGCUCCUCCGUGCCGGGCUGAAGAUGGCGGUGAUCCCAUCGAGGUGUUACGGCCACUCGACAUGAUAGUCCAUUUUUACUAUGAGAUUCAAAUAAAUCGAAAUUUUUUGAACACCACACAAUCCUUGUACGACAGCCAGCUAAAUGACGUCCAUAAUUUUCUUUUUUGCGUUUUAAGAUAUUUUUCUGACAGGACAAUGUUCACGUUGUAGCUAGCUCGCCUACCAUCUAGCUAGCCGAACCCCGAGCUAGCCAGCUAACGUUAGCUAGCUGGUAGCUAACCGCAGCAGCGCCGUAGAAAGUGGAGAAUGGGAGAAAAGCUGGAACUCAAACUGAAGUCGCCGGUUGGGGCAGAAGCCUCUUCCUACCCGUGGCCAUUACCAGUAUACGAUAAACACCACGAUGCUGCUCAUGAAAUUAUCGAGACCAUCCGGUGGGUGUGUGAGGAGAUCCCUGACCUCAAGCUGGCCAUGGAGAACUACGUCCUCAUAGACUACGACACCAAGAGCUUUGAGAGUAUGCUGCGACUCUGUGAUAAGUACAACAGGGCCAUCGACAGCAUACACCAGCUGUGGAAGGGCACCACCCAGCCCAUGAAGCUGAACAAGCGGCCCUCUAACGGACUGCUGCGCCACAUCCUGCAGCAGGUGUACAACCACUCAGUCACCGACCCUGAGAAGCUCAACAACUACGAGCCCUUCUCCCCCGAGGUGUACGGGGAGACCUCCUUCGACCUGGUCGCCCAGAUCAUAGACGAGAUGGAGAUGAUGGAGGACGACACCUUUGUAGACCUGGGCAGCGGUGUGGGCCAGGUGGUGCUGCAGGUUGCUGCGGCAACUAAUUGUAAACACUAUUAUGGGGUGGAGAAAGCAGACAUUCCAGCGACGUAUGCAGAGUCUAUGGACAAAGAGUUUAAGAAGUGGAUGAAGUGGUACGGGAAGAAACAUGGGGGAUACACGUUGGAGCGAGGGGACUUCCUGUCGGAGGAGUGGAAGGACAGGAUCGCCAACACAAGUGUGAUAUUCGUGAAUAAUUUCGCCUUCGGCCCCGAGGUCGACCACCAACUGAAGGAACGCUUCGCCAACAUGAAGGAAGGUGGGAAGAUCGUUUCCUCCAAACCUUUUGCACCUCUGAACUUUCGAAUCAACAGUCGGAACCUGAGUGACAUCGGUACGAUCAUGAGAGUGGUGGAACUGUCUCCUCUCCGGGGCUCGGUGUCCUGGACAGGAAAACCUGUCUCCUACUACCUGCACACCAUAGACCGCACCAUACUUGAAAACUAUUUUUCUAGUCUGAAGAAUCCUAAACUCAGGGAGGAGCAGGAGAUAGCCAGGCGACGGCUGCAGAAGGAAACUAAAGACAGCAAGAGCAGCUCUGCCCUGAACCCCUCUACCCUCUACUCUGCCAAGAGCAGCUCUACCCUCUACUCCACCACCCUGACCAAGUCUACCAAGAGCAGCUCUACCACCCCGACCAAGUCCAAGGAGCUCAAGGACUCUGAGGGGGAGGAGGAUGGGAGCGUCGUCAACGUGGUGAAGCCGCCUCCCCGCCCACGCAGGCCCCGCCUCCUGAAGAGGAACACCAGGAAAAGGGGCCGUCCCAAGAAGGCCCCGCCCCCAGCAAGCUCCGCCCACACCCCGCCCUCUGCCAGCUCCGCCCACGCGGGCCUCAGCGCCCUGGAGCUGCUGCAUGCCAAGACCCUGUCCUCUGCCCCCGGCCAGGAUGUGUAUGGUGCUCAGAGCUCGUUCUACCAGCUAUCUCCUAAAGUCCAGACCUGCUCCUCUGUUCUCCUGGGCCCCCCUCCCCCUGCCCUGCAGCAGCUGCUGGAUAACUUCAGGGUUCAGUACCUGCAGCUCAUGGCUCACAUGCAGACGCCCCAGUACCACUCCUCUCUACAGCUGCAGCUCCAGCAGGAGAAGGUAGCUCUCUCUCCCUCUCUCCUCUCCCUCUCUCUCUCUCUCUCUCUCUCUCUCUCNNNGCUCUUCCACACCAAGCUGGAUGAGCUGGGGGUGAAGGCCCUGACAGAGCAGGAUGUGCUCCAGGCCCAGAAGGAGAUCUCCGCCCACAACCAGCAGCUGCAGGAGCAGACCAGACAGCUGCAGACCGACAUGCUGCAGCUCCGAGACCACAGCCUGCUGCUGCUGAAGGCUCGGUGUGAGGAGUUGCAGCUGGACUGGGGGGGUCUGUGUCUGGAGAGUCUUCUGAAGGAGAAGCAGGCCCUGCGCAGGCAGAUAUCUGAGAAACAACGCCUCUGUCUGGAGCUGCAGAUCAGCAUCGUGGAGCUGGAGAAAAGCCAGAGGCAACAGGAGCUUCUGCAGCUGAAGUCCUACAGCGCCCCCUACAGAGGGGCCGGGGGGGGCCCCCACCACCCUGCGCUGGGGGCCCCCCCCGGGGGGGGCGGCCUCAACGGCAUGAGCCCCCAGCUGACCCUCAACGGGACGGCAUCCCCUGGGUACGAGCGGGGGGUCGGGGGGGCCCGCUACCUCCCUGUGUCCCCCGACCACGAGGCCCCCGCCCCUGACGCCAGGCAGCGAAUCCUGGGGGGGGCAGGGGGGCUGCACCCCCUCCCAGACUACACACGCUUCUCCCCCGCCAAGAUAGCCCUGAGGAGACACCUGAACCAGGACUCAGGGCAUCUCCGGGGGCUGGGGGGCCACCGGGGGGAGCUUGGGGGGCUGGGGGCCCCCGCUCUAGGGCCCAAACCCUAUGGCUCCCCCUCCUCCAACGGACAGCUGAGCAGCGCUGCAAAGACCUCCGACCGGGCUGGUAAGGAGAAGAGCCCUGCUCAGGCAGACACCAUCACCAGCCUGCCUGUCAGCAUCCCUCUCAGCACGGUGCACCCCAGCAAGCUGCCCGUUAGCAUCCCGCUAGCCAGCGUGGUGCUGCCCAGCCGGGCAGAGAGACUGAGGAGCACACCCAGUCCUGUGUCCCAGACUAAUGGCUACUCAGGUCUGGUCAAUGGAGGCCCCCACCCCCCGGACGAGCAGGCCCCCCUGCCGGCCAGCCGGCCCCCCAUCAGCCCCCCCUCCAGCACAGGAGGAGUACUGCAGUAUGCCGACGCCCCCCCCAGAGCCCCCCCUGACGACGGGGGUGGGGCCUCAGACUCAGACCCCCUGGACGGAGAGUCUCGCCGGCGGAUCUUCUUCUCCUCUUCCUCUUCCUCCUCCUCCUCUUCCUCACUGGGCGGGGCCUCCUCCAGGCUCCACCCCCCAUCCACCGGCGCCAAGCACCACGGCAACCACCACCACCACCAUCACCACCACCACCAAGCUACGUCUGGAGUCUCUCCACACACACAUCCUCACACACACUCCCAGGAGGGGCGCAGGCGGGGGAGGAGGAAGCGGAGUUUGGCAGGGGGGCCUCCGGCAACCACAUCCCCCAAGAGGAAGGCCUUCCCUGGGCUAGGCUCCGGCGUGCAGCCCUCUGGCUCCCCCCUCAACAUCAGCUCCAUGGUGAACAACAUCAACCAGCCUCUAGAGAUCUCAGCCAUCUCGUCCCCGGAGCAGUCUUGCCGGAGCCCAGGCCCCCCUGACCUGGACCCCCCUGGGCCCCCUGACCUGGACCCCCCUGUGCUGCAGAGGGAACGCCCCCUGGAUGCCCCUGGCAGUUACUCCUCAGACCCCAGCUCUGACGAUGAGGACUCAGGGUACCCUGCCAACCGCUCCCGGAUUGAGAGGAAGAUCGCCACCAUCUCUCUGGAGAGCCGUGACGUGGCGGGGAGAGGAGAGAGAGUUGGGAGGAAGUCAGGUGGAAGUAGUGGCAACAUAACAGGAAGUGAGGUCAGCUCUUCCUCCUCCUCCUCCUCCACCUCCAAAUGGAAAUCGACCUUCUCCCCCAUUUCCGACCCCAAGCCCCCCCAAGACCUCCGUCAGGGGGGCUCCCCCUUCGGCCCGGGGGGGCCGCGUGGCCAGGGGGGUUCCCCCCCGGGGGGGCCGCGUGGCCAGGGGGGCAGCACCGACUCCGACUCAGACCACAAGCCCUCUCAGCGCCGGGGGGGGCCCAGCGGGAACAUCACCCCCCCCAACCCCUUCCUCAGCCAGGAGGCAGGGGGGCGGGGGGCCAGCGGGGGGCCAGCGGGGGGGAGGCAGAAGUGUCGUGAGUGGGAGGUGAAGACGUCGACCCCAGGCCUGUCUAGCCAGAACCUCUUCAUCUCUGCCAGCGCCGGGCUGCUGGCUGGCAGGGUGGGGGGGGGCAGCCCCGUGGCCGGGCCGGGGGGCGGGGCACCCUACCUGGGUCAGUUCCCCCUGGGGGGGGCCUCUGUGCUCCAGUCUCUGUUCGGGGCCCAGACCGGAGCUCCCAUGGGGGGGACGGGGCGGCUGGUCAACGGACACACAACCCUGGGAGGAUUCUCCAGCCCUGGGCUGGCUGGAGGCACUGCUGGAGGUAGAUUUCACCAUGUGGUCCCUUCAGGCUCCUCACACCAGUUUGGGGCUGCGAGGGCCAGCCCAGGGGCCCGCUCCUCUCUGCUCAGUCUGUCCUCCUCCUCCCAGCAGCACCUCCUCCCCUCUGCCCAGCCCUCCUCCUCCCAGAAAAUAUCUGUGGUCUCCUCCUCCCUCCCUCCCUCCCAUUUCAACCGCACCCAGACAGUGCUACACACCUCCCCCUCCUCCCUCUCUCUCCCCCCUCUCCCAUCCUUGCUAACCUCUUCCUGUAUCUCCACCUCCUCCCCUUCCUCUCGCUCUGACUCCUUCCUGUCUGCUGGUCUACCUCCCUCCUGCGUCCAGCAUCAGAGAACUCUCUCAUCCUCCUCUCCUGUAGCUGCUCCUUCCUCCUCCUCCUCCUCUCGGCCCUUCACCGGGCCCUACCACCUCCCCCCUCCUCCCCCAGUUAGCUCCCCAGAAGAAGGAGGGGCAGGAAGAGGAUCUGGGAGGGGGACGAUGUGGCGAACAUUGGGCCUCCCCUCCUCCUCUCACCCCCCCUCCUCCUCUCACCCCCCCUCCUCCUCUCACCCCCCCUCCUCCUCUCACCCCUCCUCUUCCUCUCACCCCUCCUCUUCCUCCUCCCAGCUGUCAGGUGCCCGGCCCAGAUAGGGGGGGUGGGGGACAGGGGAGGGAGCAGGUGAGUCUGGCUUGGGGAGAGGAGGAGAGGGCGAGACCCCUGGGCUCCCCAAGCUGCUGGUCAGUUUGAACAAGGUAACUGAAGAUAUCUACCUCAAGACAACGAUAGCUAUGCAAGCAGUCCAGGUGUGGAGCCAAGACGUUCUGCUCCUGGUUCUCCAGUCCUGGGACACACACACACUCACACACAGACACGCACCACUGUGAAGGUCAGAGGUCAUGUUUGUGUGAGUAGGAGGAGGGGGGUACCUCGUGAGUGGACACCUGGCCAGGCUGUUUCUAUGGGGCAGUAGAGAGUUCAUCACUGCCUCCCAGGUGCUGAAAUCUUUUAUGAAAUACAUGUAAAAAAAAAAACAUAAAUAAUUAAUACUUUUUUGAAUGUUUUAGACUUGAUUCUGAUAUUGAUAUACAGAUCAAAGCACAGCACAUUCCACUAAGUACACACUACCUAGUUACCUAGGUAACUGCUCAGUGCACUCUCAUCUUCUUGACCUCUAACCCCUCACAUGACCAGGUCACAUAACCAGGUCACAUGACCAUUGAGGGACUUGACACUUUGCCCCUGGGGUAAGGUGCUGGGGGCUAUGGUAACCAGGGUUCACACUGGACAACCCCCUCCCCACACACACACACACACACACACACACACACACACACUGUGGUGAAGCAGCCCUGUGCAGCAAACACACACACACACACUGUGGUGAAGCAGGGCAGUAUAAGCAGGCAUGAUGUCACCUGCUUGUUUGUGAACAGAAGAGAUUAAAGAGAAGCCACGGUGCUAGCAGGGUGCUAACCCUAGCAGGGCGCUAACCCUAGCAUGGCGCUAACCCUAGCAGGGCGCUAACCCUAGCAGGGCGGCCAUGUCUCAUUCCUGCUCUCUCUUCUCCUCUGGGCGGCCUCACCUCCCGCCACCCUGACCACUUCCUGUUCUGUUGUGGUGCUUCUUGUAACUCGUCCAACCCAUACACACACACACACACACACACACAGCAAUCCAAAACCUCUUUUCAUACACACUGGGAAUUCAAGAGUUAACAAACAGUAACAAACUACUGGGCAAUUUUCACAUCGUUUUAAAUCUUUUUAUUUUCUAUUUCAUUGUACAUUGUGAACAAUGUUGUACUGUGAAUGGAGAUCAUUCUCUGGCUAUAUAAUUGUGUAUAAUUUAGAUUAUUAUAUUUAUGCUGUCAGAUGGUCUCCAUUCGCUAUGUGAAUUAGAGGUUUUCUAAUUCUGUUUUGUCUUUUGUUUUGUUGUGUUGAUAUCCUGAACCGUGUGUGGAAUGCAUAAGUUUGUGUAUACUUGACAAAAAAAACAAAAAACAAUGGUGCUAUGAUCUGUACAACUCUGGACUGUGCCUGAGUAAAGUGUCUUCAAUAUUGA